CACCCUGCCUCCUCGAAGGCAGGGGUUCAAUUCUUGGAGGGUGGGGGUGUUAUAAUGCACCCGGCAACCCAGGUGUACCUAGAGCUAGGUGCAUAUAAGGAUAUUUUUUUUUGCUCAUUUGAUGAUUUUUGAAAUGAGCAAAUGUACAUCUGAGGGUGCACCUUAUACUAGAUACACCUGGGUACAUGCAAGAAUUUUUGGGGUGCUAUGGGUAGGUUAUAUUAGGGGGGUCCUGUAGGAGAAAGUUGCUGUGAUUAUACAAAAAUAAAUAAAAAAAAUUAAAGCAAUGAUAUCUAACAGCAUUGUAUAGGAAGGAAAAUUUCAUAAUGUACUUUACCUGUUUUGUGGAUGCAGAGAUUAGUAUGGAAGGCAUGAAAAGCGUGGCAAAUAAGCUUGCAAACAUUGAUGAACAUGGUCCUGCAAAAUGGCUGCCGACAUCUGUACCUCCACCAGAGACUCCAACUGAGUCCAUGGAAUUUUUAGCAAGAUCAUGGAGUGUUUCAGCGACUGAGCUCUCCAAGGCCCUCUCUACCACCCAUGUGACGCCAAAAUUGACUGAGAAGACGGCAUUUGAUUUUCUUAAAGAUGAACUGAAGCUGAAUGUUGCAAAUACUCAUACCAUCCUUCCAAAUAAUUAUGAAGAUCAACAACCCCAUCGUGGAGAAAGUCCUCCAAUUUCUCCAAGAGGUAGUGAUGAUACAAAGGAACUCUUCUUACUUCAUCAAGCACUUCACCCUGAUUUUCUAUCCAAUCAACAGCUGUUAAGAAGUGGGCUAUGCAAAAGCAUAAUAAAAGGGAGAACAAUGGGGAGACGGAUGAAGGAUCAAAGGGAGAGAAAGAAGCAUGAAAUAAGAACUCACAAUGCACAGCUACAUGCUGCAGUGUCAGUAGCAGGUGUGGCUGCUGCUGUUGCGGCUUUAACAGCCUCAAAUGCAACACCAACCGAGGCAUCAUCCGGACAACCAAAGGCACCAAUAAGACCAACUACUGCGGGUACUGCCGUUGCAUCUGCUGCUGCACUAGUAGCAUCCCAUUGCAUUGAGAUAGCAGAGGAUAUGGGGGCUGAUCAACAUCAGAUUCUUACAGCUGUUAAUUCUGCAAUAAAUGCAAGGACUAAUGGAGAUAUCAUGACUUUAACAGCAGGAGCAGCUACUGCGCUAAGAGGAGCUGCAACCUUGAAGGCAAGGCUACACAAAGGGUAUGGAGCACCAGGUCUUGCUCUAAGUGAGGAGCAGUCUGAAGAUGGCACAGAAUCAAACUCAAUGACCGCCAUGAACUUUGUGAUGCAGGGUGGAGAACUUCUGAAACGUACCAGAAAAGGUGAUUUACACUGGAAGCAAGUCUCUUUCAGCAUAAAUUCAACAUUAGAGAUAGUAGUAAAACUAAAAAGCACACAUAUAGCAGGGGCUUUCACGAAAAAGAAGAAAUCAGUUACAGUAUCUGGAGUAUAUUCUGAUGUUUUAGCAUGGUCUGGAAGAGAGCGAGAAGACAACAGCGAGCAGAAGGCUUACUUUGGGAUACAAACAGCUGACAGGGUCAUAGAAUUUGAAUGUAAAAACAAAGGCGAAAAACAAAUGUGGACUGAUGGGAUCCAAAAUUUGCUGAAUUGCCGCAUUAGCAUGUAAUUACAAACUACUGUAAGUGUAAGAGUUAUGUUGCAGGUUGGCUGGUAUAAAAUCUGAAAUUUCUUUCACAAGUGCAUAAUGAAAAAAGUUUCCUGAUAAAA